GGGUGGGUGUCUCACUCCUAUACACUCAUCUUCCCACCAAACUCCUUCAACACAUGAUCUUACACAAACCCUCUUAAACUCUCCCAAUCCCCACCUCAAAUCCUUCACAUUAUGCUAAAAAGAUCCAAUCUUUUACCAACUCACAUCCUCAAAACCCUAAAACCCCCACUCAAAACCCCACAUUCAUCCCACACAAACCGCAACAACUGUUCCCAAUCCGAAACAGACUGGACCCAAUUGCUAAAACCCUUCGACAUCGAACACCUCAGCAAAACCCUCAACCGAAUCACCCCAAUUCAGCUUCAAAAACUUCUUAAACUCCCACUAGAUCUUUCAACUUCACUCCAGUUAUUCAAUUGGGCCAAUACCCAGAAGAGUUUUUGCAAUACUUUUGAUGUUUAUUAUACUUUAAUUGAUAAAGUUUGUAGCUUUGGUGAGUUUAAAACUGUUGAUAAGUUAUUAUUGCAGAUGAAAGAUGAAGAGAUUGUGUUUCAAGAAAGUGUUUUUGUUAUGAUUAUGAGGCACUAUCAACGGGCCGGGUUGCCGGGUCAGGCGACCCGGUUGCUGUUGGAGAUGAGGUCUGUGUAUUUGUGUGAACCGGGGUGUAAGUCAUAUAACACGGUGUUGGAUGUGUUGGUUGAAGGGGGUUGUUCGAAAGUUGCACGCAAUGUGUUUGAUGAAAUGCUUCAGAGAGGCGUUGCGCCGGAUGUGUUUAGUUUUUCGAUUGUGAUGAAAGGGUUGUGUAACGUUAAUGAGGUGGAUGCGGCGUGUGGGUUGUUGAGGGGUAUGACGAAGUAUGGGUGUGUGCCGAAUGCGGUUGUUUAUCAAACAUUGUUGCACACGUUGUGUAAGUUUGAUCGCGUUGACGAAGGGUUGAAGCUUUUUGAGGAGAUGAUACUCAUGGGAUGCAUGCCAGAUGUUGAGACGUUUAACGAUGUUAUUCAUGGUCUUUGUAGGGCGAAACGGAUUCACGAGGCUGCAAAGUUAGUUGAUCGAAUGCUUCUUCGUGGGUUUAAUCCGAAUGAUUUAACUUACGGAGUUCUUAUUCACGGGUUGUGUCGAACGGGUCAAGUUGAAGAAGCUAAGGCUCUUCUUAGCAAAGUCCCUGAACCGAAUAGUUUCAUGUUUAACAUGUUAAUUAACGGGUUUAUAUCGAAAGGGCAGUUCGACGAAGGUAAAGCGGUAAUUAGUGAUAGCAUGUUUAGAAACGGCUGCCAGCCGGAUAUUCAUACGUACAAUACACUCAUUCGCGGUUUAUGCAAAACCGGGCGUUUAGUUUCAGCUCGUGAGUUGAUAAACGAGAUGACGUUAAAAGGGUGCGAGCCGAACACCGUUACAUACACAAUCUUGAUCGACGGGCAUUGCAAGGAACAACGAUUAGAAGAAGCCGGUGAGAUCAUGCGUGAAAUGUCGAAAAACGGGCUUUGGUUAAAUACAGUGGGAUACAAUUCCAUCAUACAUGCUCUAUGUAAAGUCCGAAACAUCCCCGAAGCGCUAAACAUGUUUCACGACAUGCGUGUGGAAGGAUGCAAACCCGACAUUUACACUUUCAACUCGUUAAUAUUCGGGCUGUGCGACGUUGACGAAAUGGAAACCGCGUUAAAAAUGUUCCAAGACAUGGUGUUGGAGGGUGUUGUUCCGGAUACCAUCACUUACAACACGUUGAUCCACGCUUUUCUAAAACGCGGUGCGAUUCACGAAGCUUUUAAGCUCGCGAACGACAUGUUAUUUAGAGGAUGCGCACUUGAUGAAAUAACGUAUAACGGGUUAAUAAAAGCGUUAUGUAGAGACGGAGCCGUUGAAAAAGCACGGGGGUUGUUUGAGGAGAUGGUGGAGAAGGGUGUGAACCCAAGUACGGUGUCGUGCAAUCUGUUAAUCAACGGGUUGUGCAAAACGGGCAAAGUGCAACGCGCGUUUGAUUUCUUGAAGGAUAUGGUGCAUUUAGGGAUGGUUCCGGAUAUUGUAACGUAUAAUAGUUUGAUUAACGGGCUAUGCAAGAUGGGUAAUGUUCAAGAAGCCGUGAAUUUGUUUGAAAACUUGCGGUUUAAAGGGAUGAAUCCUGAUGUGGUUACUUAUAAUACUUUAAUAUCUUCGUAUUGUAAAGAAAGCAUGUUUGAUGAUGCGUAUUUGCUUCUAAAUAGAGGUGUUGCUAAAGGGUUUGUACCGAAUGAUGUAACGUGGUAUAUAUUGGUUUCCAGUGUUGUUAAAGAGGUUGAUGAUUUAUAGAUAGAUUUGUGCAUUUGGAACAGAAUAUAAGUUAUAGAAUCUUGUUUUGCUUUAUUGGUGUCGUGUGUCGGGAAUAUACUGUUGAAUAUGGAGCUUUGAAUCAAAUUGAAAGUGAUCGAUGAUUUGAGUGAUCCAACUUCUGAAGAAUUCGGUUGAAAUCGAUUGAUACUAAUUCAUAUAUCAUGGUUGACAUUUUGGUAUGUCAACUGAAGUCUAUGAAGGCAAAGAACUCUGAAUAUCGAUGAAUUCAAGUUCAAACGAAUAAUCACCAAAGAUUAUGAGUAGAUUAGACGGAGUUCACGGACUGCUGCAACUUGAAUAUGUCUGUAAUUCUUAAGUGACAGAGGGUACUCGGGAAGUAUUCGUCCUAGACGGAGAGUACUCGGCCUAGGCAAAAGGUACUCAGGCCUUAGCAGCCUACCUUGUAGCGAGUACUAGACCUUGUUUUACAACCAUGGCUUAAACACGUGACGAUGGUGAAUAAAACAGUUAUCUAUUGAAGAUCGAUCUUUCUUUCCUUUUAA